AUGAGUUCCUCAACCGGCCGCGAGUCCUCGGGCACCCAUAUGACCGAGGCGCCCACUUAUUCCAAGAAGAUUGUCGUUGUCGGUGACGGUGGCUGCGGAAAGACGUGCCUUCUCAUUAGCUACAGCCAAGGAUACUUCCCCGAGAAAUACGUCCCCACGGUGUUCGAAAACUACAUUACGUACCCCAUCCACCCACCCACAGGCAAGAUCGUCGAGCUCGCCCUCUGGGAUACCGCCGGCCAAGAGGAAUACGAUCGCCUGCGGCCCCUCUCCUACCCUGAGACGGAUCUCAUCUUUGUCUGCUUCGCCAUUGACUGCCCCAACUCCCUAGACAAUGUUUUGGACAAGUGGUACCCCGAAGUCCUACACUUCUGCCCCUACACGCCACUUAUCCUCGUCGGUCUCAAGUCGGACCUGCGAUACAAGAAGACGUGCAUCGACAUGCUCAAGACCCAGGGCCUGACCCCGUGA